AUGAAACGAAAGCAGGAGAGAAUUAAUACCGAAACAAUUGACUACAUAGCGAAAUUCAUUGUUACAGUGAAGUCAGGAAGAAAAGACAAUCUGGCGACAAAACGAUCUGCGGACGAACCCCUCUCUGGGGGAGCGUCCCCAAAAAAUGCCCGUAUCGCCCCUGGCUCGCCCCAGUCUCGUUCCGCUUCUCUUGGGGACUUCCACGCCGCUGCUGUCUCCGACGCCACUCCCAGUGGCCUCAGCUCAUUAAUCAACUUCAACACGAGUAGCUCUGAACCCUCGAAAUCUCCAACAUUGACCGAUGAGAAAAAAUCGCGGCGCGAAAUCGCGAAUUGCAACGAGCGACGCCGCAUGCAAAGCAUAAAUGACGGCUUCGCUAGGCUCAAGAGCCUAGUGCCCUGCAUCGCCAACGAAAAAGUCUCCAAGGCAACUAUUUUGCAACAGACAGCUGAGCAUAUUGAAAAAGAAUCACGCGAAAAAGAACAACUAAAGAAAAUCAUCAAAACUUUCGACCCAAGCUAUGUUUUUGAAAACGACUUGAAAUCUUCCACCCGUGAGGUAUCUCCUGAUGUUUCCAGUCUUCCAACUCUAGUUGAAACCAAGCCAAUCGCUCCGGCACCUGAGCCAUCCCUCUUGAACAGUCUAUCUGCUUUGGGCGGAAAUAAUCUGGAAAAGACUAGGCAAAUGUUGACACAAAUCCAGCUCCUGCAAGCUAUUACCCAGCUUCAACAAAAUACUGCCACUUACAAUCCGUUACUUCCGGAGCAAACAUCAGCUAAACGAGAAACAGAUGUUGAAAACAACGAGAAUAAUCCUGUUUUGAACACACUUUUACAGACAAUGCUGCAAAACGCUCUAGCCCAGGACUCGACACACAAAUAA